AUGGCCCCUAGUAAUUUAACGCGGUAUGAGGAGCUGCCAGUGCACGCAGAUAAUGAUCUUGGCCCGUACCUGAAUCGCUCAAUAUGGAUUUUGGCUGUGCUCGCAGGGACACUAUUAGGGUUGCGAUUGUAUUCAAAACUGUACCGGCAUAGGUCACUGUGGUGGGAUGACUAUAUCCUGAUUGCUGCUUGGGUUGCCCUCGUUGCAUCGACGUCGUUACAGUCGGCGGGAAUUAAAUUCGGACUUGGGAAACACUAUGAAGAUAUGCAGGAUAAAGAGAAAGUAUCACUUUUCUCUUACGCCGCAGGGUUUUUCUCCAUCUUAGCUACAGUUUGGAGCAAGACGUCUUUUGCUGUAACACUACUACGAGUUUCCAACGGCUGGAUGAAGUGGUUGGUUUGGUUCAUCAUUGUUUCGACAAACCUUGUGUUAGGUGCCAAUGCUAUAAUCCAAUGGAUUCAAUGUUGGCCUGUGGAAAAGCUCUGGCAUACGUGGAUCAAAGGCAGGUGUUGGUCAUACGAAAUUAUCCAAGAUUACAACAUUUUUGUAGCUGCUUUUUCUGGUUUCGUGGACAUCUUACUUGCAUUACUUCCAUGGAAGAUCAUUAGCCCAAUCGUAACUAAUAAAAGGGAGACGAUCGGCGUGCUGAUAGCCAUGAGCAUGGGUGUCAUCGCUGGUAUUGUGUCUUUUUUAAAAAUCAGAACUAUUACAUCUAUUGGGGAUGAAAACACCACAAAUGUGAGCUUGUUCAUCUUCGGCACUGCAGAAGGGGCUACAUCAAUCAUGGCUGCUUCAAUACCCGUCCUGCGGGCUCUUAUCAAAACAAAUACACGACCACAAGAUUACCAAGAUCACGACCGCCCGGCAAGCACACGUGUCAUGUUUCGGAGCAGCACACUUUCCGUUGAGCUUGAAAGCCGGCAUAAUUAUGAGGUAGACUGCAGCAAGUGAGAUGGUAUAUGUAGGAGCAUUCUUUCGAUAAUAAUUACU